UAAAGUUACUAAAAACAAGGUUGUUACAAUUUAGCAUUGUACAUUUUAUUAUUUUAUUUUGUUAUAUUAAAAGUUUAUAAUUUGAUAAUACAAGAAAUAUAUAAAAUUAAUUUAUAAAGAGAAAAAAAGAAAAAUGUUUUUCUGCAAAUCUUUGAUAUAUUCAGGCAUAUUCUUGGGUUUCUUUAACAUAAUUGGAGUAGAGACGUUCAGCUGUCCAUGCCAAAGAAAUCCCACUGAAUGUCCUGCCAUUCCCCCUUGCAAAGGUGACGUCAUCAAAGAUGCCUGCGGUUGUUGUCCCGCAUGCGCAAAAGUUAAAGGGGAAGUAUGUGGCGGACCGUCUUUUACAAGCGGAAGAUGUUCGAAGGGGUUAAUAUGCCAAUUCAAAAGUUAUCAAGAGCCUAUCCAAUCGGAUGGCGUAUGCGUAGCCGGGUUUCCGAGGAAAAUCAAUGAUCCUUGCGGUGAUGCCUGGCAGCAAGGAAGUUGCAGAUACGGACUAAUGUGCAAACAAAUAUCCCCCGGAAAUAUCGGAAAAUGUGUUUCUUUAAAAUUUGCGAAAAAACGCGUAUAAAUCUUUCUCUUUUUUUUUGGUUUGUAUAAAAAACGGUUUUAUUUUAUGACUACCAUUUUAAUUUAUUAACAAAAUAUUAAUGACA